AGAAAUUUACAUUUGAACUAUGAGAAGAUUUUUCCACUAGUGUAUUGUGGCUGGUCAAGUGAGUUAAAUAACUCAUAGAGCAAUUUCGUGGACGUCAUCCCGAUCGUCUCAUUGAUCUCAGUUCAUUGCAUGUUGAGCAGAAGUAUCAAGAAGUUUUAGCAUUAGUAACUAGUGAAUGCAUAUGUAUGGUAAGUAUUUAUUUGAAGCUAAUUUUCAAACACGCAUUCCAUCACAAUGACAUGAGAAACGAUUUACUCAGCAUCAACUAACUGCUAAUUCAGUGGGUUUGAAACUCACUGAAUUACAGACGCUCUGUGGUAGGUGCGUGAUCCUUUGCCUCUUGUGUCGAAUUGUUGCUAUGCACAGACACAGCCUUUCGUAUGAAAGUUCAGCAAAAGACAAGUCAGUAAGUCGUUGUCUCGUUGCACUGUAAGUAUUUCAUUCAGUCCAACAUCUAUACUUCAGGAAAACUUCCUUGUUGAACCAAAUACUUUUAUACUUGUUCAUGAUUUCAUCUUGACACUGUUGAAUCACAACUUCCAUCAAAAUUUUUUUUUAAUUGCAUUGCUAAGCAGUGAAAUUACUCUCGUACUAUCUUGUUGUCACAAGAUACCGCACUUCAUGCCUUAGUGAAGGACGGUUUGAUCUUCAGGAGAGAUGAUGCAGUGCUGAUGUAUUUGAGCCCACGUCGUGGUGGAAGUAUAUCCGUCGAGGUGGUCGAAUCCGAGGCCAGGUGAGAAUCUUCCUCGUCAUGUUUAGAAAUGUGUGUUGUAGCGAGAACAUGAACCUUGGCCAUAUCUUCUACCAUCCAAAGAAUUUUUCCUGUUUGAUCCAGUCUCCCUCAUGAUUAUUUGGCUUCACUCCUUUACGCGUAGUCGUCAUCAUCAUCAUCAUGAACAUUCGGAGCUCAAGCUAUGAGAAAUCAAGGUUCCGCGAGUAGUUUAUAACCUCAAAAACGCUCCACGGUGCGCAGGCACAUCUUCCUGUCGCCUGCGGACUUUUUCUACAUCGUAAACAAUCUAAUUUUAUCAAAUGUGGACCUUCACACUUCCAAAAUGCACCUUUACAGAUAUCAAUUGUGUCCUCGAUCUAAGCUUCCAUCGACCCUUCUCGUUUACGUUCACGGAUUUGGCAUUGUCUCAUUCGCAUGAUCGAUGUAGCUUGUGAGGUUGAGAGUUUCAUCGUCGUGCCCUGAUUGGCAUUUCUUGAGCUUCGGAGAAGAUGCUCGUCAUGGUCCUCGUCAACAACGUGUCAUGGAGUCAAGCUUUUUCAUGUGCAUGGAGUCCAGACUGUUUUCUCGUGAAGCCAAACGCGCGACUCCUUCGACUAUAUCAGAAUGUCGGAGCUCGCAACAGGUGAGGACAAGCGACCAAGCAGGUUAGAUUCGCAGGCUCAGUGGACCCGAGGAGCCGGCUCGGUCGAUGGGGUGGGACGGGAGACACAUCUUGCUUGCAUAUUGCUGAAAGUUGGACGUUGUUUGCACUCAUGGACCCCUCGAUGACGAUUGUUGUGACCCGCAAGGAAAAGCUCGGCACCAUGGCCGUAGCGCAAAAUCUGCUCGUUGGAGGGGAACAAAGUGGACAAAUUUCUGUCUCAGGAAUUGCCCACGACGGCAAAUCGAACCUGCUCUUGCCCGCAAGUUCAGUCAGCGCUUUCGAAAAGGCUUCCAUGGAGUUCCACAGCGUUUCUGGAGCUUCCAUGGCGUUCCACAGAAUUUUCCAGCUUUAGCACAUUGUACAUCUGCCCUAACCAUGGACGAGUGAGGGCAGCUCAUGAGUGAGUGCGUGCAGUCCAUCCAUCCAUACGGAGCCAUGUCGAGGGUGCAAGCAAUCUUUGCCUGAUCGUAAGAAAAAGGCUCGAUACAAAAUAAUUUCUGCUUUCUGGAAUUUUACUCGAUGGAAGAUCUUGCCCAUCAUCUGGAACAGCCAAUGUGACGAGAAGUCAAUAAUCUUUGAACUGCAUGAGUUUGAUCGAAGGUGCUUGUGAUUGAAGUCCAUGAAUGUCCAUAUUCCAAGGGACGUAUGCUAAUCAGAUUUGUUGUCCAUUGUUUUUGCAACUUCAUUCCAUUCUUAUAUAUACACAGUUACC